AUGAACUCCCAUCUGCCUGUCACUGCCUUCAACAAUGGUAAAUGUUUUGGGGACCAGGAUUUUAAUCCUGACUCCUCACAGCUGCCUUUAGCUGGUCCCCGAACAGCCUUUCUGGUGAUGAGAGUUCCAAAAAUAGCUUUUACUGACAUAGGAAGAAUUAAGACUUUCAAGAAAAAUUCUGGAAAGAAAAAUUGUUGGCUGGAAAAGGAUCAGCCAACAACAGCAAAGCCAAAGCUGAUCGAACCACUCGACUAUGAAAAUGUCAUCGUCCAGAAGAAGACACAGAUCCUGAACGAUUGUUUAAGGGAGAUGCUGCUCUUCCCUUAUGAUGACUUUCAGUGCAUCAAAACCUAUAACUCUGACUGGCAUCUUGUGAACUAUAAAUUUGAAGAUUACUCGGGAGAGUUUCGACAGCUUCCAAACAAAGUGGCCAAGUUGGAUAAACUUCCAGUUCACGUCUAUGAAGUUGAUGAGGAGGUUGACAAAGAUGAGGAUGCUGCCUCCCUCGGCUCUCAGAAGGGCGGGAUCACCAAGCACGGGUGGCUGUACAAAGGCAACAUGAACAGUGCGAUAAGCGUGACCAUGAGGUCAUUUAAAAGACGGUUUUUCCACCUGCUUCAACUUGGUGACGGAUCCUACAAUUUGAAUUUUUAUAAAGAUGAAAAGAUCUCCAAAGAACCCAAAGGAUCGAUAUUUCUGGAUUCCUGUAUGGGCGUGGUUCAGAACAACAAAGUCAGGCGGUUUGCUUUUGAGCUCAAGAUGCAAGACAAAAGCAGUUACCUUUUGGCAGCAGACAGUGAAGCAGAAAUGGAAGAGUGGAUCACAAUUCUAAAUAAAAUUCUCCAGCUCAACUUUGAGGCUGCAAUGCAAGAAAAGCGAAAUGGAGACUCUCAUGAAGAUGAUGAACAAAGCAAAUUGGAAGGUUCUGGUUCUGGUUUAGACAGCUACCUGCCUGAACUUGCUAAGAGUACCAGAGAAGCAGAAAUCAAACUGAAAAGUGAAAGCAGAGUUAAACUUUUUUACUUGGACCCAGAUGCCCAGAAGCUUGACUUCACAUCAGCUGAACCCGAAGUGAAGCCAUUUGAAGAGAAGUUUGGGAAGAGAAUUCUUGUCAAAUGCAACGAUUUGUCUUUCAAUUUACAAUGCUGUGUUGGAGAAAAUGAAGAAGGACCCACCACAAAUGUAGAGCCUUUCUUUGUUACUCUAUCCCUGUUUGACAUAAAAUACAACCGAAAGAUUUCUGCCGAUUUCCACGUGGACCUGAAUCAUUUCUCCGUGAGGCAGAUGCUGGCCACCACAUCCCCGGCUCUGAUGAACGGUGGCAGGCAGAGCUCGCCUGCCCUUCAGGACAUCCUUCAUGAAGCUGCCAUGCAGUAUCCGAAGCAGGGAAUAUUUUCAGUCACGUGUCCUCAUCCUGAUAUAUUCCUUGUGGCUAGAAUUGAAAAAGUGCUUCAGGGGAGCAUCACACACGGCGCUGAGCCAUACAUGAAAAGUUCAGACUCUUCUAAGGUAUGGGUGACUUUUACGCUUUGUGACGAUAAACAGACGUUGUUUAAGGAUGCAUCCGGAAACCUUGACAAAAAUGCCAGAUUCUCUGCUCUCUACAGGCAAGACAGCAAUAAGCUCUCCAAUGAUGACAUGCUCAAGUUACUGGCAGACUUCCGGAAGCCUGAGAAGAUGGCGAAGCUCCCAGUGAUUUUGGGCAAUCUAGACAUUACAAUUGAUAAUGUUUCCUCCGACUUUCCUAAUUAUGUCAAUUCAUCAUACAUUCCCAUGAAGCAAUUUGAAACCUGUAGUAAAACUCCAGUCACAUUUGAAGUCGAGGAAUUUGUGCCCUGCAUACCCAAACACACUCAGCCUUAUACCAUCUACAACAAUCACCUUUAUGUUUAUCCUAAGUACUUGAAAUAUGACAGUCAAAAGUCUUUUGCCAAGGCCAGAAAUAUUGCUAUUUGCAUUGAAUUCAAAGAUUCAGAUGAGGAAGACUCUCAGCCUCUGAAGUGCAUUUAUGGCAGACCGGGUGGACCAGUGUUCACAAGAAGCGCCUUUGCUGCAGUUUUACACCAUCACCAAAACCCCGAAUUUUAUGAUGAGAUUAAAAUAGAACUGCCCACCCAGCUGCACGAAAAGCACCACUUGUUGUUCACAUUCUUCCAUGUCAGCUGUGAUAAUUCAAGUAAAGGGAGCACAAAGAAGAAGGAUGUUGUUGAAACACAAGUUGGAUAUUCCUGGCUUCCUCUCCUGAAGGAUGGAAGGGUGGUGACUAGUGAACAGCACGUUCCUGUCUCAGCCAAUCUCCCAUCUGGCUACCUUGGCUACCAGGAGCUUGGGAUGGGCAGGCAUUAUGGUCCAGAAAUUAAAUGGGUAGACGGAAGCAAGCCACUGCUAAAAGUUUCAACUCACCUGGUUUCCACAGUGUAUACUCAGGAUCAGCAUUUACAUAAUUUUUUCCAGUACUGCCAGAAAACCGAAUCUGGAGCCCAAGCCUUAGGGAGUGAACUUGUAAAAUACCUUAAGAGCCUGCAUGCGAUGGAAGGCCACGUGAUGAUCGCCUUCUUGCCCACCAUCCUAAACCAGCUAUUCCGCGUCCUCACCAGAGCAACCCAGGAGGAAGUUGCCGUCAAUGUGACACGGGUCAUUAUUCAUGUGGUUGCCCAGUGCCAUGAGGAAGGAUUGGAGAGCCACUUGAGGUCAUAUGUUAAGUAUGCUUAUAAGGCUGAGCCAUACAUUGCUUCUGAAUACAAGACCGUGCACGAAGAACUGACAAAAGCCAUGACCACAAUUCUCAAGCCUUCUGCUGACUUCCUCACCAGCAAUAAACUACUUAAGUAUUCAUGGUUUUUCUUUGACGUUUUGAUAAAAUCCAUGGCUCAGCAUUUGAUAGAGAACUCCAAAGUUAAGUUAUUGCGAAACCAGAGAUUUCCCGCAUCCUAUCAUCACGCUGUGGAAACCGUUGUGAAUAUGCUGAUGCCGCACAUCACUCAGAAAUUUCGAGAUAAUCCAGAGGCGUCUAAAAAUGCAAAUCACAGCCUUGCUGUGUUCAUCAAGAGAUGUUUCACCUUCAUGGACAGGGGCUUUGUCUUUAAGCAGAUCAACAACUACAUCAGCUGCUUUGCUCCUGGAGACCCGAAGACCCUCUUUGAAUACAAGUUUGAAUUUCUCCGUGUGGUAUGCAAUCACGAACAUUAUAUACCUUUGAAUUUACCGAUGCCAUUUGGAAAGGGCAGGAUUCAGAGAUACCAAGAUCUCCAGCUUGACUACUCAUUAACAGACGAGUUCUGCAGAAACCACUUCUUGGUGGGACUGUUACUGAGGGAGGUGGGGACCGCCCUCCAGGAGUUUAGGGAGGUCCGGCUGAUUGCCAUCAGCGUGCUCAAGAACCUGCUGAUAAAGCAUUCUUUUGAUGACAGAUAUGCUUCAAGGAGCCAUCAAGCAAGGAUAGCCACUCUCUACCUGCCUCUGUUCGGUCUGCUGAUUGAGAAUGUCCAGCGGAUCAACGUGAGGGAUGUGUCACCCUUCCCUGUGAACCCCGGCAGUACUGUGAAGGAGGACUCGCUGCCAGCCGCGACCCCGCUGGUGACGCCGCAGAAGCCUGGCAUCGCGCCGGACAGCAGCCUGCACAAGGACCUCUUCGGCGCCAUCUCCGGCCUCGCUUCUCCAUAUACAACGUCAACUCCAAACAUCAAUAGUGUGAGAAAUGCUGAUUCAAGAGGAUCUCUCAUAAGCACAGAUUCGGGGAACAGCCUUCCAGAAAGGAAUAGUGAGAAAAGCAAUUCCCUGGAUAAGCACCAACAAAGUGGCACUUUGGGAAAUUCUGUGGUUCGUUGUGACAAACUUGACCAGUCCGAGAUUAAGAGCCUGCUGAUGUGUUUCCUCUACAUCUUAAAAAGCAUGUCUGAUGAUGCUUUGUUUACAUAUUGGAACAAGGCUUCAACAUCUGAACUUAUGGAUUUUUUUACAAUAUCUGAAGUCUGCUUACACCAGUUCCAGUACAUGGGCAAGCGAUAUAUAGCCAGAACAGGAAUGAUGCAUGCCAGAUUGCAGCAGCUGGGCAGCCUGGAUAACUCUCUCACUUUUAACCACAGUAAGUCCCAUGACAUACCAUCGUUUCUCAAAGCAGAAAACCUAAAAGCUAUCAACCAUGUGGAUGUGCUCAUGGAGCUUCUAGAGCAGUGUGCAGAUGGACUCUGGAAGGCUGAACGCUAUGAGCUAAUUGCUGACAUCUAUAAACUCAUCAUCCCCAUUUACGAGAAACGGAGAGAUUUUGAGAGGCUGGCCCAUCUGUAUGACACACUGCACCGGGCCUACAGCAAAGUGACUGAGGUCAUGCACUCAGGCCGCAGGCUCCUGGGGACAUACUUCCGAGUGGCCUUCUUUGGACAGGCAGCGCAAUACCAGUUUACAGACAGUGAAACAGAUGUGGAGGGAUUCUUUGAAGAUGAAGAUGGAAAAGAGUAUAUUUACAAAGAACCCAAACUCACACCUCUGUCAGAAAUUUCCCAGAGACUUCUUAAACUUUACUCAGAUAAAUUUGGUUCUGAAAAUGUCAAAAUGAUACAAGAUUCUGGCAAGGUAUGACUAUGUUUGGAAAUAUAGCAAUAUAAUACUGUAUUGAUUGAUUAUGUAUGGCUGGUUAUAUAUUCAUAAAUGUGUAUACGGGGAAAAAAAAACAGGAAAAUUAAGAAUGGUUGGCCUUGAGUAGCAAGUGUAGUUUUUUUCUUCCUGACACCUUUCUGUGCUUUCUGAUGU